AUGCUUCUUCAUCGCCUCAACCUUAGUACAUUCAGCUUUCUGGGCAUUAUAGCGCUAGUCAGUGACGGUGCCCAAGGAGCCCGUAACACAUCCUCCUGCCCAGGAUACGAAUUAACCUCCCGAUCUGAUAGUGAGACUGGUUUCGUCGCUGCCCUGAAGCUCAACGGUCCUCCCUGCGAUGCUUUUGGAAACGAUAUCCCGAAUCUCACCAUUCAGGUUACUUACGAAAGCACUUCACGAUUACAUGUAAAUAUUUUCGAUUCGAACCACAAGCAGUUCGUUGUUCCAGAGUCCGUUGUCUCGCGACCUCCAGCUCCUACGCAAUCUUUUGUGAACGGGUCCGAUCUCGUCUUCAACUUCGAGUCUUCGCCCUUUACAUUCUGGGUUACCCGACGUUCCGACCCUCAGUCUUUACCGUUAUUCGACACAAGGCUGAACUCACUUCCGGCAACACCGAUACCUCCUGUGAUCGCUAACGACAACAGUACAGCACUCGAUAAUUUCAACCUCGUAUUUGAAGAUCAGUAUCUCCAGCUUACUUCUGCUCUGCCAAACGAUGCCAAUAUCUAUGGCUUGGGGGAAUUCUACUCGGAAAGCGGGUUCAGACGUAGAAUUUCUGAGAAUGGAGGGUCCAUUCAAACCUUUUGGGAUCGUGAUGCUGCUGAUCCUAUUGACGCGAACAUGUACGGCUCUCACCCAUUCUACAUGGAACAUCGUUUCAACGAAGCUAGAAACGAUUCACAAUCCCACGGUGUGUUCUUGAUGAGUUCCUCUGGUGGAGAUGUUUUGAUGUUGACACCGAGAGAUACCCUUCAUUCUCUUGUACAAUAUAGAAUGAUCGGGGGCACUCUUGAUCUAUAUUUCUUUUCUGGACCACACCCUCAAGCCGUUGUUGAACAAUAUGGAGAGCUAAUCGGGUUUCCCACCUGGCAACCCAUAUGGGGCUUUGGCUUUCAACUUUGCAGAUUCGGGUAUCACGAUUUGAACGAAACGCGCGAACAAGUCACGAACAUGCGCGAAGCCGGAAUUCCACUUGAAGUUAUGUGGAAUGACAUCGAUCUAUAUCUCGCAUUUCGCGAUUUUACCACCGAUCCCGAGCGCUUCCCAGCUGAAGCCGUCAGGGCAUUCAUUCAUGAACUUGCGGCGAAUCACCAAAAAUACAUUCCUAUCGUUGAUGCUGCCAUAGCGAAGACGGUCAACAGUACCGAUCUAUACAAUCCGUAUUCUAGCGGAAACGAGCGCGGUGUUUUCAUCAAGAAUCCCGAUGGUUCUGAAUACAUUGGGCAGGUGUGGCCUGGCUUCACUGUAUUCCCUGAUUGGUUCGGAAACUCAACGCAGUCGUGGUGGACGGAGGCUCUUCGGAAUUGGAGCGAAUCUGGGGUUGAGUAUUCUGGAAUAUGGUUGGACAUGAACGAACCUUCCUCUUUCUGUGAAGGGUCGUGUGGGACCGGCCAACUUUUGUCCAAGUUGCAGGUUCCGCCCGUCGUUUUACCCGGUACUCCCGGAAACUUGGUCACAGAUUAUCCUGAAUGCUACGAUCCCGACAAGUUUGGUCCCAGUGGAAACAUCACUGUGAAUGGAACACUGACCUGCCAACCUUCCGCAUCUUUGUCCAAGCGUGCUGUCCCAGACCCAGCACAAACACAAAUCGACGUCAAUUCUGUGCCAUAUGCAAUACAUAAUGGAAAUGGUCGUUUAUCUGUCGGAACUGUGGCUACCAACGCUACACACGCGAAUGGAAUCGUCGAUAUAAACGUCCAUAAUUUAUUUGGCUUGACGGAGGAGAAGGCUACACAUUUAGCUCUUCAACAACUUAAACCUGGAACACGACCAUUCCUCAUCGCUCGUUCCACAUUUCCGUCCUCCGGGAAAUGGACCGGACAUUGGCUCGGCGAUAAUUUUUCGAAAUGGCAGUAUCUCUAUCUAAACAUCCAAGGCGUGCUGCAAUUCCAACUCUUCCAGAUACCUUUUGUCGGUGCAGAUACUUGCGGUUUCAACGGUAAUACAGACGAGGAGCUUUGUAAUCGUUGGAUGCAAUUAUCUGCCUUCAUGCCCUUCUAUCGAAACCACAAUACCAAGGGUGCAAUAUCUCAAGAACCGUACCGAUGGGAGAGUGUAACAAAUGCGUCACGGAUUGCGAUCGCAGCUCGUUAUUCUCUACUGCCAUACUGGUACACGCUCUUCGCCAAUUCUUCCAUUCGCGGAACUCCCCCUGUUCGCGCACUCUUUUUUGAGUUUCCCAAUGAACCAGAGCUGUUCGGUCUCGACACACAAUACAUGGUCGGAAGGGAUAUUUUGAUUACUCCAGUACUAUCUCCAAACGUCACGUCCGUUGACGGAAUCUUCCCUGGGCGUGGCCAGGUGGUGUGGCGUGACUUCUUUACUCAUCAGGUGGUCCAGCCAUCUUCGAACGGAAACACCACGCUCGAUGCGCCCCUCGGGCACAUCAAUGUACACAUCCGAGACGGUUCUGCGAUUCUCAUGCACGCUAACCCUGGCUACACAACUGAGGAAACUCGCCAAGGACCUUUCGACCUACUGGUUUCACUAUCGUUGAAUCGGCAAGCCUACGGCUCAUAUUACCUUGACGAUGGCCUUAGUUUCCCUCCGGGACCUAACACCACAUUAACGAUCCUAGCGUCGAAUAAUCAGCUUGUAAUCAACCCUGAAGGGCAGUUCAAAAUCGGCCAGCCUCUCCAGGGGAUCACGAUUUUGGGUAUCGGCGAGCGUCCCUCAAUGGUUGCAGUCCAUAACGAUUCCAUUACCUCCUGGGUUUACGACGAGUCGCUCGGAGAGCUCAAAAUAUCUAAUAUGACCUUGGAUCUAAACACAGCUCAAGCGGUGAUGUGGGGGUAG